UCCCGCAUGGUGGACUGAAGCGUCGUCCCGUAUUGUUGUUCUGAAAUAAACCUAGCUGUAUCUAUGUAUCAGCAUGUGAUAGUGUGGGGUUUUAGGUUGUAUUGUCAGUUUGUCCGCGUCUUUAAAAUAGUGAAAUAGGUGUCAGACGACAGAAACCACUCUUAAACUCUACUCUACUUUUGGAUAUUGAGCUAGUUAGCUUGUUGUGCUAGCUGGCUAGCAGUCUUAUUUGAGAAGAAUGAAGACAUGUAACGGGAACUCCAGUAUUGUGGACAUGUUUGAAAAGGGAAAAGUCCUGAAAAUAUGUGCCCCAAUGGUUCGAUAUUCAAAGCUUGCGUUCAGGUCCUUGGUGAGGAAGUACAACUGUGACAUCUGCUUCACCCCAAUGAUAGUUGCUGCUGACUUCAUGCGAUCCGUCAAAGCCAGAGACAGUGAAUUCACUACCAAUGAGCGUGACCGGCCCCUGAUAGUGCAGUUUGCUGCCCAUGAUGCUCAGACCCUGGCUGAUGCAGCCUGUGUGGUAGCACCUUUCUCGGAUGGAGUUGACCUUAACUGUGGCUGUCCCCAGAGAUGGGCUAUGUCAGCCGGGUAUGGUGCAUGCCUCAUCAACAAGCCUGAACUUGUGAAAGAUAUGGUCAGACAUGUCAGAAACCAAGUGGACAAUCCAAACUAUACAGCGUCCAUCAAAAUAAGAAUUCACAAGGACCUGAGACGUACAGUGGAUCUGUGUCAGAAGGCUGAAUCAGCUGGUGUGUCAUGGAUAACGGUCCAUGGCCGUACAGCAGAAGAACGUCACCAGCCCGUCCAUUAUGAUGCCAUAAAGACAAUCAAAGACAGCUUAUCUGUACCUGUCAUUGCCAAUGGGGACAUAAAGUACCUCCGUGAUGUGGAGUCCACUCACCAGCUUACUGGUAUCGAUGGUGUGAUGGCUGCACGGGGGUUGCUUGCCAACCCUGCAAUGUUCGCUGGCUAUGAGGACACUCCUUUGGAAUGUAUAUGGGACUGGGUGGACAUAUCUAUAGAGCAGGGUACUCCUUUCACCUGCUUCCACCAUCAUCUUAUCUACAUGCUGGAGAGGGUUAGCUCCCAGCCUGAAAGAAAAGUGUUUAAUUCUCUAUCCAGUACCUCAGCUGUAAUAGAUUACCUCCAGAACACAUACGGGUCAGUGUAGGGUCAGAGUUGAAAUGCAAUGUACUUGAUUUUAGCAUUUUUUAUUUUUGUGCCAAAUAAAAUUACAAAGCUAUAGUUGUA